AUGAAGGGAUUUGUCUUGCCAUCUCUCAAAAAGUCCGGCAAAGAGCAGUUGUGGACUUCACAGGUGCAAGUACCGUCACCACCAGCAGACCUUCUCACUACCGAAUUGAAUACUGUAUUGCCGUGCGUUGAUCGUACCACUCGUCGACAAGAAUUAAAACGCUUACAAUGCAAAGCCGCAGCACUGGAAGCCGCAGCGGAGCGUGAACACCUGGAAUCCUUGGAACGUAGAAUCCGUACUGUUAUCUGUGGACGCGAGCAUGAGAAACGCUACAGGAUGUUGUGGCAAUAUCAGGAAGAAAAGGCUCGCGUGGAACGAACAACAGCCGCUGCGGAGGCGAAGGCAUUGGCACUUCAGCGAUGGCGAUAUAUGCAAGGUGUAUCCAACUACAAGUCACGGGGUUAUAUACUGCAUCUUGAGACAGCUGCGCGUAUUCACAUUGCCGAACAAGAAAAAGGAGCAAGAGAACAUAUAAUGUCAUUGGUUGAUUUAUUUUUACUAGAGGAGAAACGACGACGUGCAGUUCGUGAGGCGGCUUCCGCGGAGUGUAUUUACGAAGACUUAAAGGGUGUACGUGACUGGGAAUGCCGCAUUGCCCAAUCAGCAUUUCGUCCGACUAAACCAUUUGGACCAACAAGCGAAAUUUUCACUCGACGCAAUAUUGGUUCUGGCGGUUACCGAGGAAGAACAGAUCUUCUUAUGGACUAUACUAUCUGUGAAGAGGAACAAAAAAUGCGUUACUGUAUUAUUUGUGAUGAGCGCCUGGAGCGUUUACAGCUUGUCUGGCAACAUGAUAGAGCACAGAUAAUGUUUGCAGAAGAACCACACGCGAGAAAUUUCUUGGAAGAGUUGUGUUACUAUGGAUCCUGUCAGGCACGUUUAUCUGCAGUGCUUAAAAUUCAGCGUUGGUGGCGCAUGUUGGGUGUUACCCCAUGGGGAGAACGUAAAAUGCGAGAGUUAAGAAAAUGUGUAACUCGAAAACGUCAUCAAAUGAAAGCGAGUGAAUUUCGUAAUGUAAUACAGCGUAUGCAACGAAACUUGCAUUCUACUAGCACUACUCUUUCACCAGAGGAACUGGAGAACAAGAAGAAGGCUCUUGAACGAGCUGCAGAGAUGUCAUACCAGUAUUUAUUUGAUUACUUUGUUUAUACUUUAAUGAACCGUACAUCCAAUUUACAAGAAAUGGAAAUGCAGCGACUCCGCUCCUACACCUUUGCUACAGAUGAUGGUACAACUCCCAUACCACCUGUAGUCGCACCUCUUCGUGUGCCAUACCGUAUGUAUGUAAGAAAGCAACCAGUACAGCCAUAUCCUCGUUGGCGUUUACUUCGAUGGAUUGAAGGUUCUACCUCACUCAUACAGAAAAUAAAUAUGUGUGAAAAGGAAGAAACACAAGAAAGAGAAGCAUUACAAGCUCGUGAAGAAGGUGAAGCUAACAUUCUUCAAUUGUAUCAUACGGCUUUAAAUCAGGGUCCAUGGGCCUGGCGAUCUCUUUACACCGCUGUUCUCCUUAUUGAACAGGAAGAAGAAAUGUGCCGUAAUAUGUUACAGACUGGAGAACAAGAUAAUCGUGCCCUUGUCUUAGUAGAGGCGGAGGCUUCCAUGUCAAGAUGCAUGUCAGCAGUGGAGGGAAGGUGGUAUGUUCUUUGCGAAGAGGAACGACAACGUUUGCUUCUUGUGGAGGAAGAGCAUAAUGAAUUUAUUCGCAUGACAGAGAAUGAAUGGCGUUGGGACAAUCUUCUUCGUUUUCGCAUUAAAUUUAAGGAAUCAUUUGGAGGUACAUUACUCUGGAAGAUGGCAUUCAAAAAUGGUAUGGGAAGAAAAUUUGUAUCUCUUGAUAGUGUUUCUUGUAUUAUUCAAAGGUUUUUCCACUCUACACUUGGGCGUAUGCGUCGUAAACGGGAAAGGAUUCCAACACCUGAAGCACAAUUAAAGAAAACAGCAGAAGAGAUGGUACACCUCUUAGAGUUACAAUGGGAGGAAGAGAGACAAUCCGUGUGGAAAUUCACCCAAGAGUUUAGUUCUGCAGAAACUCAUGUGAAUACAGCCGUGGAAUUGUUCUCUGCUUGGUUUGAUGAAAAGGCAGAGGAACCAAUGGAAAGAGAAUAUAAGGCAAUUGUAGCACGGUUUCUACAGGCUAACAAGGAAUUAUAUAAAAUGAUGCAUAUCUUAUUUUCUGUUGUGCGUAAUGGUCGAGAACGGAUUGAGGAUCAAGAAAAACAAGAACGUGAGGCCCUGCGACAUACCAAGACGUUUAUUGCCAUAUCAGUUCAUCACCUCUGUAUACAAGAAGCUUCAGAACGAGAGAAUAUAAUGAACGAGUUUGGGGAAUUACAGUUGCAGUGGGAGGAACGUGCAGAACUUCUUCUUGCUCUGGCGAGAAGUACCGCCAUUACUACUACUACUACUACUACCGAAGAGGUUACUAACAAGGAAAAGGUGGCGUCAAUGAAAAAAUCAACUCUUCCUAACUUGAUAUUACCAUCUAUGUCUCCAGUGGAACGGAUGGUUUCGCGUGAAAAUAUUACUCGCAAACAUCUUUCUUUAGAGGAACGACGAGGUCGUGCGGAGUUUCUUCUCUCACUUCACGUUUGUUUUCGAUCUACCAUCAUGCAGGAAGAGCAUCAGGAAUUGUUGGUGCUUUGUGAAGGUGUCGAUAGUUGUAUUUCUCCUCAUCCCUUACUUCGGCUGCUGAUGACUGCAGAGGAGGAGGGGCGGCGCCACAUUCAAGAAGAGUUCUAUAAAAGCUUUGCCGCACUGUUAGAGCGUGGUUGUGUUAUGUAUAGAGAUGAGGCCCUUCUGCCGCGAUUUCUUCGAGGACACUUGAGCUUUGCAAGCGAGGCCCGUUACUUUGACAGACAUUUAACAGAGUUGCUGCUUCAACGCCUGGCACAUAUGGGAAGUAAGAUCAAUGAGCUCAUUGCCGCAGAGACUUGUGCCCGUGCUCGGGUGGAAUAUAUGGAAGAAAUACAGAGACGCUUGUAUCUACGUGGUGGUUUAUUAUUCUGA